AUGUUUUCUGACCAUGAAAACGUCGACCAACAAACAUUUCUCUGUACAUAUCGAAAGAAUAUUAUUGGAUUGGAUUUUGGAAACACCAGUCUUUCUUAUCGUGAUGCAUGCCUUAUUGCAAAAUUUGAAUCAUUAGAAGAAUUAAUUGGAGAAGUUGGGGAUGAAAUGGAAGCCCUUGUCGAUUAUUUGCCCAAUUUAAAAUCACUAGAUGUUGGUUUGGUGCAGGAAAUUUGUUAUGAAAAUGUGGAAUAUAUAAGUGAAUUACAAAAUUUGACCACUUUUUCUAUUAGAUACUCAAAUAUCGGAAGAAAACACCUUCAAAUAAUUGGUGAAAUGAGUCAACUUACAGAUCUUAAUAUAUCUGGAAACCCAAUUAAUUCUUUACUACCAAUAAGACCGCUCACUAGAAUUACAUCUCUAUCAGCUGCAGACUGUAGUUUUUUAGGUGAUGAUGGAAUAUAUCCUAUUGUGAAUUUUAAAGGGCUACAAAAACUCAAUUUAUCAAGCAAUGGCAUUACAUGGGAAGGUUGCAUGUUUAUUAGUGAAAAAUUUCCAAAUUUAAGUCAUCUAUCCUUGAAUGAAACCAGAAUUUGUGACGGUGCUAUUAAGAGAUUGUCUAAGAUGAAACAGUUAACAUAUCUAGACGUUGGAAAUAAUGCAAAAAUUACUAUGGAAGGGAUUAAAUUAAUUUCUAACAAUUUAACCAACUUGACACAUUUAAAUAUCAGCUCAAACAAUGUGACUGAUGAAGGUUUGAUGAUGGCUUGUGAUCUCCCUAAAUUACAAGAGCUCUUUGUAGGCCAUAACCAAAUUACUGAUAGUGGAAUUAACGAAUUUUCUGAGAAAAUUGGUAACAAAUUGAAAAUUCUUUCACUAAGUAGAAACAAUAUUACCUCACUUUGUACUCAAUAUUUAUGUACCAAAUUGACAAACCUUAAGAAGCUAUAUUUGGCUGGUGUAUCAAUCACAGAUGAAGAUGUCAAGUUGAUUUGUCAAUGUAUGAAAUUAUUGAUAUAUUUAGAUGUGUCUUGGAAUAAUGUUACAGAUAAGUCAUUGGAGUAUGUUAUUGCAUCGGAGAGCCUUAGAGAAGUUGAUGUAAAUGGAAAUGAACAAAUCCAUGAUACAAACUGGUCUAAAAUUGGAAAACUUUGA